CACCCAGCGUGCACUUGCCUCCCCCCCUGCCUUCAGGUGCGGCACCACCUCCUCUCUCUUAAAGGUUUAAACUUGCAACUUCAAAGUUCGCCAUGGAUGAUGAUAUUGCUGCGCUCGUUGUUGACAAUGGAUCCGGUAUGUGCAAAGCUGGCUUUGCAGGAGACGAUGCCCCUCGGGCCGUCUUCCCUUCCAUUGUGGGGCGCCCCAGACAUCAGGGUGUGAUGGUGGGUAUGGGCCAGAAAGACAGCUACGUGGGGGAUGAAGCCCAGAGCAAGAGAGGUAUUCUGACCCUGAAGUACCCCAUUGAACAUGGUAUUGUCACCAACUGGGAUGACAUGGAGAAGAUCUGGCAUCAUACUUUCUACAAUGAACUCCGUGUGGCCCCUGAAGAGCACCCUGUACUGCUCACAGAAGCCCCCCUGAACCCCAAAGCCAACAGAGAAAAGAUGACACAGAUCAUGUUUGAGACCUUCAACACCCCAGCCAUGUACGUCGCCAUCCAGGCUGUGCUGUCCCUGUAUGCCUCUGGUCGUACCACUGGUAUCGUGAUGGACUCCGGUGAUGGUGUGACCCACACUGUGCCCAUCUAUGAAGGUUAUGCCCUUCCCCAUGCCAUUCUCCGUCUGGAUCUGGCUGGCCGUGAUCUGACGGAUUACCUCAUGAAGAUCCUCACCGAGAGAGGGUACAGUUUCACCACCACAGCCGAGAGGGAAAUCGUACGUGACAUCAAGUUCCGGUGCCCAGAGGCUCUCUUCCAGCCAUCUUUCUUAGGCAUGGAGUCCUGUGGAAUCCAUGAAACUACCUUCAACUCAAUCAUGAAGUGUGAUGUUGACAUCCGUAAGGAUUUGUAUGCCAAUACCGUACUGUCUGGUGGUACCACCAUGUACCCAGGCAUUGCUGACAGGAUGCAGAAGGAGAUUAUGGUUAUCUGCUGGCCCACUACCAAGAUCAUCAUAUUUAAAAAGCAAACAAAAAUAAACAAGCAAAAAAGCUUAACGAGUUUUCUGCAGGAGCUACAGGAGUCUUUCAACAGCCCACUUCCUGCUGGCACUGUGAUGUAUGCCAUCACAUAA